AUGCGUGCCAUUUUAAUCAAAGACGGGUACGGUCCCAUCGAGAACCUCUACAUUGGGGGGACAGAUAAGCCAGUUCCAACGAAGGGACAGGUUUUGGUAAAGAUUGUCGCAUUCGGCGUUAAUCGCAUGGACCAUUAUCAGCGUCAAGGUGGCUACCCGACUCCCCCUGGCGCUUCCUCCAUUCUCGGUGUGGAGUUCUCUGGACGUGUGACUGAACUCGGGGAAGGAGUUACAAGAUGGGCCGUUGGGGAUGAAGUAUUUGGUCUUGUGGGCGGCGGAGCUUAUGCGGAGUUCGUAAACUGUGAUGAAGGACUCUUGUUGAAGAAGCCCGGUCACUUAUCUUGGGUGGAGGCAGCCAGCAUACCAGAAAACUAUAUUACAGCUUAUCAAGCUCUUGUAAAGUACGGGGAAGUCAAGAAGGGCGAUCAUGUACUUGUCCACGCAGGCGCUUCUGGUGUAGGCAUUGCGGCUAUUCAAAUAGCAAGGGAAUAUGGAGCGGCAACUGUCACUGCAACGGCGUCUACCACAGAAAAACUCGAUUGGCUGCGCUCGAUCCCUAACGGGGCGACACAUACUGUCAAUUACAAAACUGAAGACUUUGCCGCGGAGGUCAAGAAAACGACUAACGGCAAGGGUGUCAAUGUCGUCAUAGAUUUCGUUGGACAAAGUCAUUGGAACAAGAAUGUAGAAUCCCUCGCUAUUGACGGGAGGAUGACGAUAUUGGCUACUUUGAGUGGGAGCGAAGUCUCUAAUGUUAACCUUGGCCCGAUCCUUUACAAACGUCUCCGCAUUCAAGGUUCCACGUUGCGUUCCCGUAGUACAGAGUAUCAGACCGAGCUCAUCGCAAGUUUCCGUGAUAUAGUCGAUAAGGUAACUGGUGCCAACGGAGGUGGCCCGAUACGGACCUACAUCCACAAAGUGUAUCCUUGGACAGAGAUCCAAAGUGCUCAUCAUGAGAUGUACGACAAUAAGAAUAGCGGGAAGAUCAUCGUCGAAGUUCAAUAG